GCAGAUGAGCUGCCCGCAUAUACCAGAGACAAAGCGCGUGGAGGCAUUUUUACACCUGAAAAACUGGAUAAAAGAGUCGCAUUCGAUUUGUACAGUUUACAGCGAUCGCAUCGUGUCUUUCCCCCCAGUUACUAGUAUCCGUUAAGCAUAGAUACGCCGUUAUUCGCCGUCUCCGCGCGCCGCUUACACGCUCCGGAUCUGUGGUAGAGCGGCGCGCGCGCGUGAUAGAGACGGAAUCAAUUGAACGGACGACAAUAAAGAAGAGCGGAGGAAAUAUAUAUAAAUAUAUAUAUAGACCAUAUAUAUAUAUUAGAAAGAAGAUCCAUCGGCGCAAGGACAAAAUAAAAGAGGUUGCCACAUGGUUAUGAUCUUCAACAUGCAUCUUUAGAAGAAGAGGAUCCGGAGAACAUCAUGGGUGCAUAGGAGGAGAACGUAAGCAAGGCCAGUGCUGACUGAGAUGUUUCUAAUGGAAAGCAGAAGACUCCCGUAGCAGCAUCCAGCACUGUUAACAACUGUGUGGAGUACACUUUGAUGCCACAACUUGAUUUCAUAACAAGAAAGGGGCAGGACAUGACUCAGUUGCCAUGCAGGCUGCUAUGGUAACAGGCCUCUUCGGCCCCUCCCCUCUUGUCUGGUUGGUCCAACUGUUGUUGUGGCCACACCUCCUUGGAGCUAGACUGGCCGAGGCCAGUCCAGCCUGCCCUGCUCCCUGUAGCUGUUCCAAUCAAGCCAGUCGAGUGAUCUGUACCAGAAAAGGCAUAAAUGAAGUUCCACCGAGUAUCUCGUCUAAUACUAGAUACCUCAACCUGCAGGAGAACUCCAUACAGGUGAUUAGAUCAGACACCUUCAAGCACCUAAGUCACCUGGAAAUUUUGCAGUUGUCUAAGAACCAGAUACGUCUGAUCGAGGUGGGAGCGUUUAAUGGCCUUCCCAAUCUUAUCACCCUGGAGCUGUUUGACAACAGACUACCGCUGGUUCCGUCCCAGGCAUUCGAGUACCUGAGCAAGCUACGUGAACUCUGGUUGAGAAACAACCCCAUAGAGACACUCCCAGCGAACGCCUUCCACCGUGUGCCGUCACUACGGCGGCUAGACCUUGGCGAGUUGCGCAAACUCAGCUUCAUCUCGGAGGCCGCAUUUGAAGGUCUGGUGAACCUACGUUUCCUGAAUCUGGGCAUGUGUGGGCUGAAGGACGUACCCAACUUGACUCCCCUUGUGAGAUUAGAGGAACUAGAGCUGUCAGGCAACCAGCUGGGCGUUGUGCGGCCCGGAUCGUUUCAGGGUCUUGUGUCCCUACGUAAACUGUGGCUCAUGCACUCUCGGAUUUCUGUCAUCGAGCGGAACGCCUUUGAUGACCUCAAGAACCUGGAGGAGCUCAAUCUAUCUCAUAACUCUUUGCACUCAUUGCCCCACGAUCUGUUCACACCUCUGCAGCAGUUAGAACGUGUCCACCUGAACCACAACCCUUGGGUCUGCAACUGUGAUGUUCUGUGGUUGAGCUGGUGGCUGAAAGAAACCGUGCCCGAUAACUCCACUUGUUGUGCACGUUGUCAUGCUCCUCCUGGCACUAAGGGAAGGUACAUUGGAGACCUUGACCAGCGAGACUUCACCUGCUACGCACCUGUGAUUGUGGAACCGCCAACUGACCUCAAUGUGACAGAAGGAAUGGCGGCUGAGCUGAAAUGCCGCUCCGGGACAUCCAUGACUUCUGUUAAUUGGCUGACCCCCAAUGGAACCUUGAUGACUCAUGGUGCAUACAAGGUCCGAAUCUCUGUCCUGCAUGAUGGAACCCUGAAUUUCACCAAUGUGACCAUGCAAGACACAGGUCCAUAUACCUGUAUGGUGACCAACUCAGCUGGCAACACCACAGCAACCGCUGUGUUGAACGUCUCAGCACCUGACCUAGGCAACGGCUACAGCUACUUCACUACUGUUACUGUUGAAACUCUAGAGACGGGGCAAGAAAUACGCGAUUCAGCACGACAGUUUGUCAACGAGACCUUUAUUAGUUUUCCAGGACCAUCCGCCUCAUCUGCCUCAGUGGGUCCUACUGGCUCAAUGAUAUCCUCCUUGCCACCACGAACUACUCGUGCACCUGAUCGCCCUUUCACGGUCUCCAUCACAGACGUCGCCAACCUGUCGGGACUUGAGGAUGUAAUGAAAACGACCAAGAUCAUCAUUGGCUGCUUCGUGGCCAUCACCUUCAUGGCGGCCGUGAUGCUGGUUGUCUUCUACAAACUUCGCAAACAGCACCAGUUGCACAAACACCACGGCCCGGCAAGAGCCAUUGAGAUCAUCAAUGUUGAAGAUGAGAUCGGAUCUGGUGGAGCUAGUGGAAUCACAGGAGGUACCGUCAAUUCAGGGGCAGGAACAGGAGGAGGGGGGCAUAGUCCAAGGAUCCAUGACCCUGAGAUCAUGACCCUGCCAAGCGUCGGGCAAACAGAGCACCUAAACCACUACUACAAAGCGCAUCACUUCAACAACAACAUCCUGGGGUUGAACAUGGGCACUGGGAUGCUGAACAACAAACCCAAUCCUUGUUCCCAGAAUCAGGCUCCAACCAUGAAAUUGGUGACAGCGUCCGGUGACAACUCCAACCUUAGAUCAACCUCACCUCCCUUGCCAAUUCCCAUCCCCAUCCCCAUGGCGAUGACCUUCCAUGGAACCCUGAAAGGUCUUAGUCAUGUCCCCAAUAUGCAGACUGAGCCACUGUUGCUAUCGAAUGGCUCCAAGGAGAGUGUCCAGGAGACCCAGAUCUGAUUACUUACGGACACGUGUACACUCGGGAAGUGAAGCAGACUGGUUUUCACACCAGUGUGACUGUCAAAUGCUGAAGUUAUCAGCCUUUCGACAUAAUGGAACUCCUUUCCAACAGAUUCUGUGGAAUAUUCUUUUCAGAUGAACAAAAAGACAAGCGUUUGCUGAUGAGGUGGACAUGAUGGCGCUAUUGAGUACAUACGUAUCAAAGCAAGCAUCCUUUUUUGCAGUUCCUAUGAGUUGUGUCCGCGUAUUCAAAUAUAGUCUAUAUUAAAGUAGUGUAAUUACAUAAGUGUUGGUUUUCCACAGCCCAGCGACACCGAUUACACACUCACGCCACUGUACAGCAGCUAACAGACCUGUAUAAAAGCAUACACACAUUUACACUUACCACAGGUUGACAUCAUUAUUCAUCUUACUCACCUCAGUAGGUAGUGUACCUGUGUGUGUGUGUGUGUGUGUGUGUGUGUGUGUGUGUGUGUGUGUGUGUGUGAGGGACAUUAUAAACUCAGAAAUAAAGACUUAAACUGCUGUGAUCCAGAACACGUUCACUUUGCUUCAUGACGACAUUCUGAAUCUUGCACAAGUGAGGAUCCGUUCAUAAGCUUGUUGUAUUCAGAACUUUAAAAAAAAAGAAAACGCCAAUUUCAGGGUGACAUUCACUUUCAUAAUACGUAGAGGAGAGGAAAGAGAGAAGACACCUUUUCUUGUGCAACACGUCCUUUGGCUGCUGUUUCACACCGUCUAGAGCUAAGGGACCUUAGUAGGUACCUCCCAACAAGCUGCCCUAGAGCAAAUCUCUGUGCAUUUCUACGUUUGGAGAGAUUGUGAGUUCUGUUUUUGUUGCCUGUCAGUGCUGAUUUAAACAGGAACGGCACUGUGGAAGGGCUAUUUCACUGGCAUUGGAUGUUAUUUGAUGCAUAGAGUGUCGCAGAAUUUGUCCUGGUCUUAAAAAAGUCAACGUAAGACCCUGUUCGCGACCCAGAUUACUAACGACAUCAGCCAUAUUCUCAAGUGAAACGGGAUAUUCAAUGAGAACAAAAUAUAGGGCGGGACUUGAUUUCAUCCAACAGGAAUUUGGUUGGAUCGAUAAAAGUGGACGUUCCAUAACGGGGAUUAGUAGGGAUACGCGACAUCAGCCGAAAUGGAAAGUUGUUUUAGGGGAAGUUUUAAAAAUGACAUUUUACGACAUUCAUUGACAUCAAUUUUGAUUUCACGUUGACUCAAGCUGUAUUAAAGCUUUCACAUAUGCUGUGAUAUACAGCGCAGCACUCGCUUGUCGUAACCGAACGGGGCAGGAUUUUGCAGUCAUGGGAAAAUUUUAGAUUUUUAAAAGUGCGAGAGUGAAAGAUAUAUUGUCCAAUUUUUUCUGAUGAAAAAGAUUUUGCAAUAUGACAUGUAAUCUAAUGUAAAGAUUUUCAAGUAUACAGUUUAUAGACUGGGGGACGAGGGACUGCGUCAGUAUCAGGGUAUAGGGAAUUUGGAAUUACCUCUCUUGGGCAACUUAAAACCUAAUGUUAGCCAUUCAAUUGAGGGAACUUGCAAGUCUCAUUUUCGAACAAUAUUUUCUUUGAAAAGAUCUGCAAACCGGUCCUUUGCGGGAGCCAUAAAACAACUUCGAAAUAUCACUGCUGACUACGUAAAACGUCAUAUUGAUCAAGUUUUUCAUCCUUGAAUGGCUUUGAAGUUGUAUAUUAACAAUGUGCAAUGUGCCAUUAACUGAAGUAGAGUACACAUGCGUGUAUCAUUGUAAUUGCUGCAUUAAACUUUAUCCAGUUUUUCAUUUCCAGUUCAUCACUAUCGUUUUAUUAGACUGAUGUUGUUAAAUCUGCUUCCUUGUUCAUUUUUCUAAUUUAAGACACUGGUUUGGUUGGUGCUACACACAGGUCAGUAACCAGAGGCUCUCAAAUGUAUGCCUGCUGUUCUUCAAAAUGAAUUAUAAGAUGAAUAGUUUUUUUUCUUUUUCGUUGAUUGCUCUCCAUAUUUUUCCCUACAGUAUAAAAGCUGAUUGUGUUUGAAUAUCCAGUGUGGUUGCUUAGCAACAACACCAUUGCCAGGAAAAGCUCUUAAAAGCUUAUUGUAGCACCUGACCCUCAUCUGCUGAUGCGGAACAUAGGUUGAUCAUGCGGUAAUUACGUUAACAUAACAUAAGUAAAAGGUUAGUUAAUGUGAGGAACAUGUUUUGCUGCCUCGCUUUGUGUCCCCAACACCAAAAAAAACCUUACGGAUGAAAUUGAAACACUCACAGGUGUGUGUGUGUGUGUGUGUGUGUGUGUGUGUGUACUCUUACGAAAAAUCAAAACAAGCUACAAACUCGCUGCACAUUUGUCGCUCAUUCUUUUCACAUGCAAAUGGUCUUUUGAUUCGCCACAAAUGUUUGCCAGAAGUGGUGAACCUCUGGUGAACCUCUGGCAAACCUCUGGCAAAUCUCUGGCGAACCUCUGGCAAACCUCUGGCAAACCUCUGGCAAACCUCUAGCGAACCUUUGGUGUACCUCUGGCAAACCUCUGGCAAACCUUUGACAGCAAUGGACAAUUUGCUGCAAAGCUAAUUUGCAUGUGAAAAUGAUCAGUGGCGAAUUUGUGGCAAGUUUGCAUCAAAUUUGCCAUGAACUCAAUUUACGUAAAGGUAAAUAUUUGAAGACGAUCUCAUAGUGAAUUAAUACAUACAGUAUGCAGUAUGAGGCUGGCAUAUUAGUGUUCAUCCCCCUUCCAUAAAGUGGUUUAAAAAAAUCAGCUUUAAGCAUUUCAUCCUUAAACAAGUGCUAUCAAAUGAUGUAGUCAGUGACAAUGUUUCAACGAGCACGCCCAUUUCACUCCACCAAGCAGGGCUGGAUUGGUAAUCUGGCAUACCGGGCAUUUUCCCGGUGUGCCAACGCACUUUGGGGCCGAUCAGGGGUGGACUGACCAUCUCCCGAGCAGAGCGGAUCGGUUGGUCGGCCGCGAAACGGGCUGAAUGGGCCGCUAUAAGCUAAAAUGAGCAGCCACGUUAAGCAGAAUGCCUACAAAAUGAUGCCGCGAUAUGCAGAAAAGGACAGUGAAAAAGGACCCCCCUUCAACUUUUGGGCCAGUUGCUAUGUAAAACCCCAGGCCGAUUUCUCUUCCCAGUCCAGCCCUGCCAGUAAGUGCUAUAUAAACAGCCAGUUACCUCAAUACUUCCUCAAAUCCUUCCAAAAUUCCUCCUUUUCUUAUUUAUCUAUUUACAAAAUAGCCAAUUAAGCCUUUUGUUUACGUUCCAUGCAACCAUCUUUACCACGAUUAGCAACUUGCUAAUGCUAAUCAGAGUCGGUUGGUAUUAGCAGAUGGCUAAAGCUACAGAAUUAAAAACUUAAAUCGAGAAUAUUGAGUCUGAAAUUCGAGUUACAAACAGAUGUUAUAGAGAGCUUAAAGUGAUCUCUUUCAUCCCACCUGAGAUGACCGGCAUAGACCAGUCCAUGUUGGGGACACCCCAGGAUCCCCCCACCAGGAUCCCCCACCAGGUAUUGCUAUUGUAUAAACAUUAAAGAGAGAGUUCACCUAAAAAUAAAAAAUCAGAAUUUCUUACAUGUACUUUCCCUCUUGUUGUUUAUUGUUUCAUGUCAUAUGAGUGAAUUAUUAAUGACAGAAUUUUCAUUUUUAGGUGCACCAUCCCUUUAACCUCCUCUGAUCCUUACCCAAUAUAUUUUAAUGACAAGAUCGGCCGUUUGUGAAGCAGUAUGUUUGUAUCUCUCCUCUAUGCACAUGACCUCGUUGCAUUGGCAUAUAAGUGACCGAAAGCUUCACUAAGCUGUGAGUUGAAGACGUUGGUGCUGAGACCAGUGCUGCGGUGUAUUUAACACAAGCGAGGAAGCGAUCUCUGAAUCAGCACAGAUUAUAUUAUGGACUGUCAAGCAGUUAUCACUGCAGUCUUUUAAUGUUGUGGGGGUCUCUCACUCCGCCACUUUCUCACACUGACCGUGCGUUCAGAUAUUGUCAUGUAUAUAAUCUAAAAGAUGUAAAUAUUCUCUAUUUUUUGACUUAACAGGAUUUGAAACAGAAAGAAGCGUUUUGGAAACUCCGCAUCACUGUUUCUGCGUCUCUUUAUGGGUGAAUCUCACGAAAGCAUGUCCAGGUGAAAUUUCACCCCAAAAUCAAAAGAGAAAAAAAAUAUAUCAUGUUUUAGGAUUUAAGAAACAUAUUUUACUUACUGGAGAAAAAAAAAAUGCAAAAUUAUUUUCAUGACAAUGAAGCACGUUUUGCCACAAAUGUCUAAUUGCUCUAAUGCAUCUGAUUAUUUAUGAGUAUUUUUUCCUCAAUGGCGAUUCUCAUAACUGUGAUACAAGAGUAUUUUAUUUUAUUUCAUAUAUGAGUACUUUACACAUUUAAAACGUGACAUUUUGUUUGCAUUACUGCGACGAAAUUGAGAUGUUUUUGCAUUACUGUAAUUAGACUUUGGGGUUUAAAUGUGCUUAAUUAUCAUAAAAAUGGUCACAAUGCAAAAACAAUCAUAAAAUGUUCCUAAAAUAGACUUUCAUUUAAAUAUAUAGGUUUUCAUUUAUUACUUUUUAAUUUGGGGAUUAAAUAUGACCUGGAAAUGAUCUUGAGAUUUGAGGUUUGUGAGAUUUACUCUCACUCUAUCUCUCAGAACGACACAAUCCUCAAAAAAGAAACUACUGAAAGUUCAUCACGUUUUGAAUUUUUAAGUCAUAUUAACACUGAUAUCAGCUCUGUUUCAUUUAGCUUUGUUCCUUGUUUAACUAUUUAUUUGUACUGAAUAUUUUUGCUUUGUUUUAUAUGUUGAUGUGCUUCGGCUGUGGAGAGCACGUGAUUGGCUAUCAGUUCCGGGUCAAAGGUUGUGGCAAAUGCUUAACUGUUUGUGUGAGCCUCUGCACUAUGCCAUUCGCUACACAGACGGUCUUUACCAAUAAAACAUUGACA